GCCAGUCAGUCCUCUUCACCCGAGCACACCCGCGCCCGACCAUGCCCGCGGCGGACUCGUUCACCUCGCCAACAAAGGCGGGGUACGUGGUGAAGCCAAAGUCGAUGCUGCACUCUGCGAAAAAGGUGUAUGUGGUGGCGGACUCGCGGACGUUUUACGUGUUCAAGUCGUCGCACGACGAUGCGGCGCAGGAAGAGUACGAUCUGCGAUCAACACCGUUUGAGCUGCUCUCGGCCAAGAAGAAGUUUGGCUUCAAGCUCGGCUCCAAGGCUGUCUUUCUCACGGCCAAGGCCAAAGACGCGCAGGCGUGGAUUGCGGCGCUGACUGAGGCGCGCGACGAAAAACCUGGCGGCAAAGACUCGGAUGACGGCAUGGGAGCGGAGGAGGUUGACGACGUGGCCGGCUCUGCAGGCUUUGCGCUCAACGAGCUCCCAAUUUCGGCGCAUCCGGACCGAGUGACGCUGCUCGCAUCAUGGAAGGCUGACGUGGACGGGGCGUCGGGCUCGCCGUCAACGCCAGUCGAGUACGACUUUGACAUCAACCUCCCGACGGAGGAGCAGAUCCAGGCGGUGAUUGAUCUUGUGGGAGCCCCGCAUGAGGCGUCGCAAGCGGCGCUGCUUGUGGAGGAGGUCAACGAGUACCUCUCCGAGCCCGGGUUUGAGGGCGUGUACCGGAGCCUGUGCCAAAAGUUCGACUCGGCGCACUUGCUUGUGGUGACGCACCCGGACAUCCGGGCAGCGCGCGAGUACGAGCGACUCUCUGAUCCGGCGCUGCUGGACGACAGCUCACCCGAAGCGUCGCGCGAGCUCAAGAUGGCGGUCUUCCAGCUCAAGGGCAAGCUGGCUGACGGCGACUUUGCGGACGAGUUUAUCAACCUGGGCGGCAUGACGGCGCUCAUGAACAUUGUGUCUGCGACGGACGGCAACACGCAGUCGUACGCGCUCAACGCACUUCGCGCGGCUAUGGGCUACGUCACCGGAAUCAAGGAGGUGUUUGACGAUCCUGCGCUAGUGACGCAGCUUUUUGAGCUCGUGGAGCAGGACUUUUCGGAGGAGUCGUCGAUCACGGUGCCACGGUCUGCGCUGGCGCUGCUCAUUGUGCUCACGGCAACGGCGUCCAACUUUGGGCUCGACGGCUUUGAGCUCAUUACGCGGGCGGCGGUGACUGCAGCAGAGCGGUCCAACUCUGUGCCGUACAAGUGCCUCGCUGAGUUUCUGCAGCCCGGCGAUGUGGAGACAAACAUCAAUGCGCUGAUGCUGAUCAACACGAUGCUCUCGCUUGCGCCGAGCGAGGAGGAGCGGGCCGAGCUGGUGGAGAAGCUGGAGGUGUUUGGCGCGUCCAAGGAGCUGGCCAAGCAGGCUGAGCAGGUGCGAUUCAAGUCGUGGCGAGUGCAAAGCGAGCGGUACCAGGACCUGACAGGCAUUCCGAUUUUCCCCAAGAUGAUCCGGCUCAUGAACCGCGUUCGCGACGCCGAGACGCAGCUGGAGCAGUUCAAGUCGCGCGAGCCGCUUGUGCGUGUCCUCCAUCACCGACUCAACCGUGCGCAGACGGUGGUGCAGGAGGCACUCUCGUCGCAGUCGCUCGCCAAGCUCGCGGACUUUGCCAAGGUUCAGGAGGUGUCUGCCGAGAACGGGAUCACCAACCUGAUGGAGUAUAAGACUGAGGACGAGGCUACGCUGCUCCGCGAGAUUGCAACGCUCAACGCGGCGCUCGACGAUCGCAAGCUGGACGUGGAGCGGCUGACCGGGGCGCUGUCGGGCGCCAAGGCCGAGCUGCGGAGCCUGGAGGAGCAGCACGCCGAGUGCGGGACGACGAUUGCUGGGCUGGAGGCAGCCAAGGCGACGGCCGAUGCGGCUGUUGCGGCCGCGCGCGAAGAGGUGACCAAGGCCAAGGCCGAGGCCGAGGAGGCCAUCAAGGCCGCAGCAGAGCUGCCGCCGCUUCCGCCGCCGGACGAGCCGUCGGCGUCGGGCUCGUCGGAGCUCGACCAGGCGCUGGAGAAGGAGAAAGCGCAGUCUGCGCUGCUGCAGAAGAAGAUCGAGGCCAAGGACAAGGAGAUUGCCCAGCUGAAGAAGGAUCUUGAGGCGGCCAAGGCAAGCGGAGGCGGCGGAGGUGGAGGCGCGCCGUCUGCGCCACCGCCGCCCAAUACUGCCGCGCCGCCGCCGCCGCCGAUGCCCGGAGGAGCGCCACCGCCGCCGCCGCCGUCGAUGCCCGGAGGCGGCCCGCCGCCGCCGCCGCCGCCGCCCGGAGGAGGCCCGCCGCCGCCGCCAGGCAUGAUGGCGCCGCGGCAGAUGGGCCGGCCGAAGAUCAAGCCGCGUGUCAAGAUGCGGCCGCUGUUCUGGAAGAAGUGGAAGAAGAAGCCGGCGCACUCGCCGAUGUUUGUGCCGACGAUCUGGGAGGACAUGGAGGACAUUCCGCUCGACGCAGACGAGAUCGAAGGCCUGUUUGGCAAGCAGGCGAACGCUGCUGCUGCGGCGGCGCCCAAGGUGGAGAAGGCCAAGCCCAAGUUCCAGAAGAUGCUCGACGGCAAGCGGUCGAACGCGAUCUUCUUCCUCUCCGCCAAACUGCCGGCCAUUUCCGAGCUGCGGCGGGCGAUUGUUGAGCUCGACGAAAAGGUGGUGACGCGUGAAAUGGCGUCGCAGCUGAUGAAGGUCACGUUUGAGCACGAGACGUUUUCGGAGGAGGUGCACGCCAUCAACGCAUACCCUGCGGACGCAGAGAUUCCGCUGGACAAGCCGGAGCAGUUUAUCCGCGACUUUGUGGCGAUUCCCAACGUGCAGGAGCGGCUGAGCGGGCACCUGUUCCUGCUCUCGUUUGACGAGAAGCUGGCGGACGUGCAGCCGCCGCUGGAGACGUUCAUCGAGGCAGUGGCGCAGCUCGAGUCGUCGACGGCGUUUGCGACGACACUCUCGGUGGUGCUCUCUGUCGGCAACUACCUUAACGGGUCAACGUCGCGCGGACAGGCUGACGGCUUUGACCUCGAGGCGCUCAAGAUGACGUACAACACCAAGUCGAUGGACAACAAGUCGACGGUGCUCGACUACAUCGUGUCGCUCAUCCGGCGCGACUACCAGUCGGCGGCGUCGCUGCCGGAGGAGCUCUCUGCGCUGGAGGAGGCGAAGAAGUACCCGCUGCAGAUGCUCGAGGGCAUGGUCAACUCGCUCAAGGCCAAAGUCGCCGAAGUGGCUGACGACACGGCCAAGGCGUGCGAGGCAAUGGACGAAGACGACGCGUUUGUGGAGCGUGUUCCGGCGUUUGUCGACGACGCGUCGGCGCUGAUGGAGAAGCUCUCGCAGGACGUGGAGAAGGCCAAGGAGAAGUUCAAGGAGGUUGCCAUCUUCCUCGGCGUGCCCAAGGCCAAGGUCGGCAACGUCAAGCCCGAGGAGAUGCUCGCCUCGGUCCACACCUUUACUGAAGAGUUCAAGAAGGCGUACAUCAAGCUCGAAAAGGCAGCGCAAAAGGCAGCCAAGGAGGCGGCGCGGGCCAAGAAGGCGGCCGGCAAGGGCAAGAAGAAGAAGAAGAAGGGCAAGUCCAAGGAGGCCGACGACGACGACGCCGAGUUGAGCAAGAAGUCACGCAAGAAGCGCGGAGCCAAGAUCGGCGCCGGUGAUGAUCCCAUCGCCUCGCUUGUCGAGUCGCUCAAGAUGCAGAAGUGA